AUGCAAAGUAGUCUCUCUAUCUCACCUCUAGAGCUUCAUGAGCGAGCUGCGGAUACGGACAACGAGUCCAUAACGAGCACAGAUAGCACAAGAAGCGGGAGACGAUGUAACGGAUCCCCUUCUCCGCCGAUCGCAUCUCCGUCGAGUCCAUCACUUCGAGCACACCGGCCAAACUCCCGCUCCUUCCGCCGCAGUGUUGGCAGUCGCAGUGUGGGAAGGUGGAGGCGAAGCGGGGGGAAGGGCUGUAGUGAUCAUGUGCCAUUGUUCCCAAACCAACACAACCCAAUGAAUAUUGUGCUGAAGCCGUACCCAAACCGAAGGGUCCGCUCGGUAUGCGCAACUAGGGGGUCGCUGGUAACAGCGCAUCGUAACGGUAUUCACGUGUUUCGUCAGCGGUUCAUCAUACCAACCUCUAUUUCUCAUCUGUCGAGUCGUCGGGGCUGUGCCACUGGAGGUGCUGAAGACGGUGGAGAUAUGGUGGAUAUUCGCACGGGACUUUGGGAAAAUGUCGACUUUCGAAGCCACUUCCAGCUGCAAGACGCGUACCUUUGUGUGGCUGCCGAAUCUGUGUUUGACGACGGUGAGGUGAUACCUCUCAAAUGGAACCGGUACAUCGCUGCGGCCUGUGGGAGUGACAGGACACGCUAUAGUGUUUGUGUGCUAAGUACAUCGGCGAAUUUCCUCCUUCACCACGAGCUGCACUCUAACAACCGUAUUGUUGCCUUGAACUUUGCGCUUGUCGCCAUGGAGGCAAAUCGGGACAGCAGGCGCUACCAACCGUUUGUGGUUAGUGUUGAUGAAAUUGGUGAGGUGGUCAUUUUUGAUGUGGAACGUGAUCGCGCAACGAAGUUGACUAUGUGCUACGCCAUCACUACCUCUAGCGAUGGGACUGCAGCCGCUGAUUUCCCACCGAAGGAGUUGUUAUGUGAAGGUAAGUUUACGCUUUUACCGGCAUGUCGUAGCGAUGGCGUUAAUGAAGGGCGGCAAGAGCCUUUACAAGAAGGCUCACAGGCAGACACCCCGUAUCGGCUUGAGGCCGGGCUAGCCUCUAAUGUCUGUCUCGUCGGCCCAUGCCAGGUCCUAUGCAAUCAUUGCAGUAAUUGGAGCGGGCCUUCACCAGGAACAAUUUUAUUAAGUUUGUUUAUAUCGUCCCACGCCCAUAGCUCCGCAGGCCAAGCAGAGUUGCACGUUUACCAACUGCGUGUGCUGUACAGCUAUAUAACACACCGCGCCUUGGUGGUGUGUGAAACCCCUAUCGUGCGCGAGUGCGCACCAGAUGAAGUUUGUGAUGCCGGAUGUGCUCUUUUGCCUAUUCCGUACUCCUCGGGAUUACCAUCCUCUGUUUUGGUUGGUCGACCCCGUCUGCGGUUCUGGCGCGUAAGUGGCUGCUCAGGGAAGCUAUUGCACGUUAACCGUGUGUAUCAGGACAAGGAUGGAAGCGGGAAAGGUGCGCGAACGCAACGGGAGUAUUUUGUUCGUGUUGUUCCUCUUGGUCGUCACGUACUUCAUCAUGACAAGUCGAUGUCUUGGCUGUGCUUCGCCGCGCUCACCGACAAUGACGUCGUUUUGCUACUUGGGGAACGUCCAAAGCCUCCCGCCAGUAUCUCAUCUACGGGUGAAGAAGUACCACCGCUGGACCCCAUUAUCAAGCCGGAGGCGCUAACUUCAGCAGCGGAACAAGCGAUGUUGAACGCAUGGCUUGACGAAGUGGAGCAACCGGAAGCCGAGAAGGACAAGGCUGACCCGCUCGUGCCACGCGAUGACCGACGACAGGGACAGCAGGUGCUUCUUACGGGGGAGAGUAGCACUGAAGCCGUGUCUGUUACAAGGACUCCUUUGCUCUCACCUGCAGAUCCUGGUAAUUGUUUUACUGUUCUCAUGGUACUUGCGGAGCCCAACGUCAACACAACACAGACUGGAAAAAAGGAGAAAGACAAUCACUCGCGUGUGAGACAGUUGCUGUGGGCGCCGCAGAGUAAUGAACUGCUUCUCUACAUGGGGAAUGAUGAAGAUAUAUAUUCAAUAAAACUUCCAUUUGCAUGGCAAGUAAAAACAGAAGAAAUUGUGAAUAAGAAACUUGUGGAUGAACCAAGAAGAGAUCAAACAGAGGACAGAGAAGCUGGUGGCUGGUUCAGCUCGGUAGUUGUUCCUGGAGCUAUGUUCAGUCUUGGUAUCGCUCGACCACUAAUGUCGGCUAUGUGGAGCAUCACGGGUGAAAGCGAACUGGAACAAUCGUCGGUUUCACAAGCGUUUCAACAUCAUCAAGAGCAACCCACGCACCCUCCCUUAGAAAACGAUGACGAGAAGCUCACCACUCGUUCCCUCAGUGCGGUGACGAUUGACAUUGAUACAAAUGGAGGCGCAAUCACACGCCGCCGCAAACGUCGUGGGAUGAAUCGGAGCUCCAGUUCCGUAUUCAGCGUGGACGCCUCAGUAACGGAGGACGCAUUUAGUUGUGAAAAUUUUGUCGACAGCUGCGACGAUAGCGCCCGCAGAGCCUACUUGGCAGGGGAGCGCGAGAAGUUUCUCACUUCUUCAAAUCAGUGGUGCCCCCAUGGAACUCAAAGUUGUGUUCUCAGUGUGGAGACCUUGGUGCGGGUGGAGCAACUCGCUUCAACAGCCGAACCUCUGCAACGCAAUGCCAUAACAUAUGAGUGGACUGAUACACACAACCAACUUUACAUGCAGUUUGUGUCGGAGUUAAAUGAUAUCGUUGAGGAGGAGCGCUCGCGUACCAAAACAUCAGGAUUUCAUGGAGGAAAACCCCCACAUGAGAAACAGCGUCAUGUUCCCUUCGAAGCCUUCAUUGGUCGCCCGCUAUCACAUGAUAUUGGUGACUGCACUCACUCCGCAGGAUUUAUGCGGUCUUACAGAAGUUUGCAGCACAAACUCAAGCAUGUACGCGGCGAAAGAUAUGUCUUUGAUUUUGCCUCCUGCUUUGCGAGCAAAGCACCACCCCAGUGGUUGCUCGAUAUACAGGAGGAAGAUCGCUGCAACUUUGAGCUGGCGGAUCUCCGAGUAGCGUUCGAAGCAGACAUGGCAAAGCUGGUUGCAGAGGAAAUUGUUUGUAUUUACGAAAAUGAGGAACUUGUGCAAAGUAAUGGCGGUGGCGGAAGGCGAUGGAUGUCUCACAAAACAUUUCCUUUCGAUGACGAAGGUGGUGAAGUUGUAGAUAUUGUAUCGCUGAAUGCUACAGCUGCACUGGGAAGCCUGGCUACAGUGGGAGCUGAGCCGCAAUGGCGCUGGGCAACUGAGGAAACCGUACCAUCGCGCUGCGUUGGUUCUAAAUUAGCCCACAAAAGGCUGCAUCAGUGGACUAUUGGGGAAUGGAUGUAUGCUCCCCGUUGGCCAACACGUGAAGAGGAAAAGAGUGCAAUGUUUUUAUGGAGCAGCAAAAAUUCUAACGGUACCGCUAGGGUGAGACGCCGCCGCCUUACACGUAAACGCAUUGAUAUUGCUGUGGAGGCAGCGAGGGAGGAACGGAGGCGCAAAUAUGAAAAGGAGGUAGAAGAACUUCGUGAGGAGCUGGGGUUCUAG